AUGGGGAAGUUUGGAGUGUUGUUUUUGUGUUUGAUUUUACAGAUUGGAACAGGGUUUGCUUCAGGUGUCCCUGUGACCAGCUGUGAGGCGUGUCAUCCUGAAGCCACCUGCCUGAGGCGUGAGGAGAGAAGAGAAACGUUACCCACCACCACCACCGUCUCCUGCCAGUGCAAAGAUGGAUUUGUUGGCGACGGCGUCAACUGUUACGAAGUGAAAGAAUGUGGGGGUGACUCCUCUUGCUGUAGCGCAGGUUACAAAUGGUCCCCUAAAGAGGGCUGUGUGGAUGUAGACGAGUGCUCUCUCAAGCCUACUGGGGGUGAGGGGCAGGUGCGUUUGGCCAAUGGGGGAAACAGCUCUUGCUCUGGACGGGUGGAGAUAUUCCAGCGGGGGCAGUGGGGCACCGUGUGUGAUGAUCACUGGGACCUGAUGGAUGCCCAGGUGGUCUGUAGGCAGCUGGGGUGUGGUAGGGUGCUCUCUGCUCCUAUGCAUGCUCACUUUGGACAAGGAACUGGUCCCAUUUGGAUGGAUGAUGUGGCGUGUACAGGAUCAGAGCAUAAACUCUCUCAGUGUCGUCACAGAGGUGUGGGUGCUCAUGACUGUGGUCACAAUGAAGACGCUGGUGUGGUCUGUGAAACGCCUGAACCAGAAAUACAAAUCAACCAGUUUAUCUGUGGACAAGAACAAAUACAAGUCAGUCUGAACAGAGCAACAGUGUCUGUGGCUGGUCUGGACCCCCUCUCUGGUCACCUGGUGGACCGCAACUGUGUCCGCACCAGAGUUCAGAACGACAUAGUGUGGUAUGAGGUCGUGCCACAAGUAGGAGUCUGUGGAAACACCAGGAGGACCAACAGCACACACGUCAUCUACACCAACAGCUUAUUCCUCUAUGCUCACAAUGAUUCCUUCCAUGUCCCCGCAAGUCUCCCCUUCUCCUGUGUGUAUCCUCUGGAGGUAGACACCAGACUCGAUGCUGCUCUCAGUCCUUUACUACCAUCUGGGGGUAUUGUCGGAUCAGGUCGGGCCCCAAGAGCAUUCAUGUCUCUUUACCGGGACUCAAAUUUUUCCAACACAUAUCCAUCCGGUAGUGUCAGUCUGCCUUUGGGCCAGCCGCUGUACGUUGGAGCCAUUGUGGAGGAGAACGAUCUCAAUUUUGCGACGGUUCUGGAAAACUGCUACGGCACAUUCUCCUCCGACCCAAAUGACCCAACAAGACAUCCUCUCAUCCAAAACAAGUGUUCCUCUAACCCUCAGCAGGUGUUGGUGGUGGAAAGUGGCACUUCUCUUCGUGCUCGCUUCUCUGCCCUGUUCUUUGUACCUGGGGGUCAGUACAGAAGCAUCUACCUCCACUGCCACCUGAAGCUGUGCAGCCCUGGCCCCUGUGUCCCGGUUUGCCCGGGUAGGGCUCGGCGCUCAGUUUCUGAAGGCGUUACAAUCCAGCCCCUCACCAUUGGACCAAUCACAUGGGGAGAUAAUUGA